AUGGGUAACGAACAAUCUAUAGCUCUUAAUCAGAGGCGUAUGCAGAGAAGUCCCAUCGACUCUCUGUUUGAGCGCGCAGUUCUUGAUGCUCUUCGUGAAGUAGCCGAAGAAUCAUCGGUGCCAUCAGAACAGAUUGAGCAUGCGUGGGACCCCGAAGAUUGCUCGCCCAGGUUCAGAGUUUUGAGUGACAGGUUGACAGCCAGGAGACUUCCCUCACCUCUUACCACAGAUGGCAUUAGAGGUACUCAAAAUCUUAACAUUAACAAUGUUAUAUUUUGUUGAAACUAGUUGAUAAUUUCAGAUUCACUGAAAUGUAUCAUGGUUCUAACCGAUUUUCUUCAGUUAUAAAUAUUAUUAACUUUUAUUCUUUAACGUUGAUUUGAGUGAAUCUUUGAGGCAGAAUUGUGAUCAGCUUUCUCGCGUCUAAUCUGCUGACUUUAUGGUAUGGUUUGUGACUUGAUGUCAAAUAAAUAAGUUUUAAAAAUUUCCGAAUCAACUAGACUGAAACCCGGUCAAAACUGUUUUGCUUAGAAAAUAGGGCAGCAAAACCCAGAAAACAAAAGGAAACAAAACGAAGCAAAGCUGAAGAGCAAACAGACAUAAAUAAAAGGGCCUCCUGAUUAAGCUCUUAAAAACUUGCUGCAGCUGUUCUGAAAUAACUAUGAAACAAAUACCACCUUAACAGGAAAAAAGGGAUACAGACAAGGUCGACACGUCUGGGAAAUAACCUGGGAACGAGACGAACGAGGUUCCCACGCAGUCAUCGGAAUCGCCCUUCCUCAAGCACCCCUUCAGUGCCUUGGUUACCUACCACUGAUAGGAUCCAACUCAGCUUCGUGGGGAUGGAAUUUAAGCAAGAAAGUGACAUUCCACGACGGACAGGAGGCUGCUUAUCCGGCAAAUAAUCCGGGAUUUUUCGUUCCUGAUACAGUGUACUGUAUACUGGACAUGGACAAUGGUACUUUAAGGCGAGUGGCAAGACUGCAACCACUUUUACACAAUCCGCCCGUUUCUUUUUCUUUUUAAAGUGUUUGUUUUCUCUAAUAAACAUUAGGUUGUCUUAAGGUUUAUGCUGGCAAUAGAUAGGAGUACCGUUUACAACAUUCACGACCAUAUUUACAUCACUUUCGGAUUAUCCCAAGUUUACUCCUUUCGAAUUAAUACGUAUGGACUACAAGUAAAUGAGCUAACAUUUUGCACAGAAAUCAACUGAUGGUGGCUUAUAAAACUUUAUUUGACUUAAGGUAUUAUGCUUUGGUGAGUAUCCUUGUCCGGUCGGCGGUAAAUUGAGAGAUAAUUUUCAAAUGUCGUUUUUGUAUUUCCUGCGCGAAAAGCGAGAUCUCUUAGUUGUAAAUGACGGACGCUGUUUGAAUGGAUUUAUCAUGUAAGUUUGAUUUUGAAGAUCUCUGCUUUAAUUUCAAGCUUUGGUUUUUCAUGAGUUUGGUUUAACUUCUUGUGACUUCUUGAUUGUUUUGGAUUCUUUACUAAAUUAUUGAAACUUGUUUUUGAUUCAGUUUUGCAACGGAGAACACUUAUCUCGGGGUGGCGUUUCGUAAUUUACCUCGUCAUCCGCUGAAGCCUCUUUGCCCAUGUGCAAGUGCGGUAUUUGGCAACUGUGACAUCAAAAUGAGGUAUAUGGGAAGGGGAGGUAAGUUCUGUUUCAGGAAUAAUUUAAGCAAAAAUUGAUUUUUCAAUUAAAGAAACGAAUUCUUUCUUAACUAUUCUUUUGUGAUAUUUUAGCAGCUAAAAGAAAUUAAUAACCAACAAUUAACUUCCAAUAUUUUGAAGUCGACUUAAUUGCACUUGCUUUCACGAAAAAUCGCGAUUCGUGAUACGACUUCUAGUAUCAAUCUUCAACGACACUUAGUUUAGUUUCGUGAAGUGUAAAGUGGGAUUCUUCAUUUGCAAAUAAGUUAACUUGGUUUCCGAGAUCUCGCCCCAUUACUUUCUUGCGUUCACGUGCGAAAGUGAGGCAUUCCGAGAUCAAGAUUAGAACUGUUCGCACUCCAGUUUAGUUCACGUAAAUGAAUCUGGCAACUGCGCUAUUCGUCUCAGUGACGGAGCUAAAAUCUACCAUAAUUACAUGAACGCAAGACAAAAUUCAUACCGCAAGAGGUUAUACUUAGAUAAGGUCUUUUCCUUGGGGGCUAUAAUCCAGUCACUGUUUUGGGUGGAUGCAACGAUAGGAUGAUAAAAUUAAGGAUAAAAUAGUGUGAUAUAAGUCAGAAACCACUCGAAUAUUUUCCGGGUUGUUACCGUUACCCAAACUGAUGAACAUUUCAAUAAUUGCAGUGCGGUUCCUCGGCAUUUUACUGAGCUUCGUCGUUUAUCCAAUACUUCCAUCGUGACAUUAACAAAAGCUUUUUUUAUUUCUUUGAAGACAUGUUUAUUGCUAAGUUGGAAGCGUCAAAAGAGAAAGCCUCGCGCCCGUCUACUUCCCCUGCAGUCAAGCCCCCACCGGAAUCCCCAAGACCCAAGUCUCCCCCCCAGUCUCAAAGGACUACCUCUCCAACCCAAGCUCCAACUUUCUCCGGUGACUCUGCGAAUUCUUCGGAGUCAUACAAGUUCGCUCACAAUUGUGGAGAUAAAAUUGCUGUGAUGCUUGCGGGGAAGAAAGCAAGGAGGAUCGAGUAAGCAAAUGUUCCUUUUUUUUUUUUUUUUUUUUUUUUUUUUCAAGAAAAGAACUAACCCUGCAUUGAACUUUUCCUACUCGGAUGUUAUGUUUCCUGGUAGUGACAGCUGUAAAUAUUUGCAGUGCCCUACAAAUUUUCAACCAUGGAGUUGUGAUGACUGGGCAACCUUUGAAAGAUGAUGAGCUGUUUGAAGUACGCUUGGACAGUAAAGUGCCAAAGUGGUUUGGCACUCUAGACAUUGGGGCCACAACAGUCUGCCCCGAAGGCCUGGACUUUCCUCCGUCAAUGGAUCGCUUUGGACAAGGCUUAACAUUUGCACUCUGUGGAAAUAAAAUACUAAAUAACGGAAAAGAAAUGACUGAGAUAUCAAAGAACUUGAAUGAUUUGACGGUAUGUUGCCAUAAUCAGCCACCAAAGACUGGGAACUUUGCAUUUUUUUGCUUCCUUGUAAUUUUGCUAUUUGCUUCCGCCACACUACCCCCAAUGAAAUGUUAUGUUUUCAAUUUGCGAUUGCAUUGAAACAUCUUUAGGGUUUAAUAACUUCAGAUUCCUCCAUUCGACAGACUUUCUCGUCUUGAAUGUGGGAGGGGGGGAUGAGUGUGUAUAAUAUCAACUAAAAACCAAUAAAGCGACGUUAAUAAUAAUAAUAAUAAUAAUUACUUUAUUUAUAUAGCUUCUAUAUCACUAAUUGCUUUAGGCGCUUAACAAUGUCACAAAAUGUAUUAAAAAACACUAAAAAAUCUAACAAUUACAUAUAUAAGCGUGGAAAUUAAAUAGAAAUAUAUUUACAAAUCAAAAAAGGCUUGACGAAUUAAUGGUGCUUUUACCCUCAUUGUACAAAAGAAAUAUACGCCAAAUUUCUUUUAUUGAUCUGGGAAUCUCUUUGCCUUAACAGGUUGGAGAUCGAGUAGGGGUGAUGCGCAAAUCAGACAAUUCCUUGCAUUUUUUCAUAAACGGAGUAAAUGUUGGCAAGCAGGUCAAAACCCUUCCGCCUGUUCUUUACGGAGUUGUGGAUGUAUUCGGUCAAGCUGAAGAAGUAACCAUAACUGGUUCGCAUUUUCCUCUUUUUUGUUCACUUGCAAGCCUCUCAAUCACUAUUACAUUUUGAGGAACUUUUGGCUGAACUCAAGAUUUCAGCAUUUAGUCAUGAUGGCUGUGGAUAGCCUAUUUCCACUUAUUACUCGUAAAUCAAGGUUCUUGCAUGCCUCUGUAGUAUAUGUCUCUCCAACUCUACCUGCCUUCCAUCUGUUGAUUGCUUGUGGUGGUUCUUUACUUCUUGUAGGCCUUUUUGUGAAACACAUUGUUUUUCGCACUCAAAUUGCGCUUUUUUUUUUCCUACAGGUGGUACAGCGGAAACUCAAAGCAGUAACCAGGACGAAGUGGACUCUGUCUCCAUCAUGGUGCGCAUGCACAACAUUAUCAACAUCAUAAAAGAUGGAAAGUUUGAAGAUAUUUUGUCUGUAGUAGGAAAAGUGGCCAAAGAUAUUCUAGAGCCUUAUUCCGAGACAGACAACAGGCAGCUUCGCUUAAAGUAUGGUGACCAUUUAUCGGACAUCAGUGCCCCUCAAUACCUGACCGUGCUGCUUCGCCGGGCGAUGGACAUGGGGAUGGAGACUAGAGCAGGCUGGCUCGGCAUGUACGUUAUUCGCAGUGUAUUUUGGAAUUAUGCAGACGCCAGCUUAAAAAUGGCGAGAGAUUUGGGACGAAGUGGGUCACUAAAGAUUAUGUUAAAUGAUUUGGACACGUUUGGCCCGAACAGUUUCAGAAAUGAGGUAAAGCCCAGUUGAACUAUUCCUUGAGUUACUCAGCAAAUUAAUUUUAAACAGUCUUUAUCAUUCCUGGUAAUCUGAAAGAUUCCUCGCGUAGAAAGCUUUUAGAGCAAACAGUUGCUCAAGUCUUAAACACUGAUGUAAGAUGUCGGAGUUACCGUGUGCACUCGGGGACACGAGAAAUGACCGUGGGUAUCUAUAUUCCCUUUCUGACAUUGAUAUUGCCUUAAUCAAGAUGCUAUCUGUAAUUGAUGUUAACAUCCAAAAACUGUUACAGGCACUGCAAGAAUGUCUUAUUAAUUUUUUCACAUGCGUGUUACAUUGAGUGCGUUUAUCCUUUUCCAAUUAAUUUGUUUUCACGCAGUAGAGUGUUUUGGUUGUGGUAUAAGAUAAAUGAUAACUUCGUUAUUGCUUACUUUAUAUUCAAUUUUUAAAACACAGAAAAAGAAAUUCCUGGUUUUUUCUGCGAUGAAUAUUUUGCACAAUUGCUCUAAAGCUGCAGAAAAUCGUCAGAUCCUGCUUGAUCUGAGAGCCAUUGAGAGGAUUUCGCCAUUCCUGAAGGCAGAUGAUAUGGAAAUUGUUGUGACGGCGAUAUUGACACUAGCAUACAUAUCUUCCGAUGACCAGAAAAAACGUUUGGAAGCAGAGAGCAGAGUGAGUGUUAGUUAUAAGCAUCAUUAGCGGCUGGUAUUAGAUUCCGAAUAUUGGGAUCGGGUCAGUUAUGGUCAAAUACUGGAGUAGGGACUGAAAAAGCUUGAAUGAAGGAGGUACGGGUAUACAUAGGACUUACUAUGAAAACACUGACUGGUCGAGAGCAGUCAAACGAUAUACAAUAAAGUGCGAAGUUGACAUGAUAACCCAAUAUCUGCAGAUAUUGGGUUAUCAUGGGCAGUCAAAUUCUGCCUGGUUUUCAAGCCCCUCGUCCGUGUAAACUUUUGCAAACUCAUAGAGAAGUGCCUUAUAAUAAAACUGUUAUUGAGUUCGGGUUUCGCAAAAUAUCUUGAACUAUCAAAUCUCGCGUCUGUGCUAUUUGGCUAAGCCUUCUGCUUUGGAAGAUAACUCAGACCUCGGCAUUGAUAAUUCUUGAUAUCAUACUCAACCUCAUCCAAUAACUUCUUAUCAUCAACUCAACUGAAAACCAGUUAUAAUUUAAAGAAAAGGGACCUUUUUAUGGGAAACCAAAUUUAUCACAUUUUUUUAUUUCUAGUGUAUGUGUUUUUUUGCUUGGAAACACUUGGUAUAAAUGUAAUUUUCUUCCUUUCAUCAACCUCAGGACAUACACUGCAAUAUUUUCGGUCAGUUUUGUGAAGUGCAGAAUCACCUCCAGUUUUUAGGAGAUCAAACAAAUUUAAGUUUAAAUUGUGGAACGCCCACGUAAAAGUUCUGCAUUCAGAAAUUCUGCGAUAGGUACUCAGGAGAGUGGUUGGCCUUUUGAUGUGCAGUUUUAAGCAAGAUCAAAUAAUACGCGAGCCUGUCUUGUUAAUUUUUGAAUGACUAGUAGAUUUAUUCUAAACCCAUUAGAUUAUUCUCUCAAGAUUUUUAUGGGUAAUAGUUGAUCCGGGCUUCGUCCUUAUCAACAAUCGGCGAUAGAAAUCUCGAGCUCAUAAUUUAAUUGUUAAUUUGUUCAAUAAGAAUAAUUAAGAAGCAAUACAAACCAAGAAGUGAGAGGUAAUGGAGAAGAUUCAAUCAGACUCAGCUGUAAAAGGAGGAAAAAUUGAAAAACUAUUAAGGAUAAACUUUGUAUGAGAUAGGAGAAGAAUUUGAUUGAACUGAGGUAUUAUUAUGAUCUUUACGAUUUUCUUGUUGUUCAUAAGGUAAUAAGCUAUCUGAUUGGUAUGUUGCGAAAUGCAUUGAAUCAGUCCGACUUACGAGGAAGAUCGGAUGGGAGCACGUGGUCUGCUCAAGAAAUCGCAGAUGGUUUGGGUAACUUGGUGGUGAAUGAAAAGAACAUGGAGGUUAUGCUAGAGAGAGAUGUUGUUCCAUUAAUGAUAUCACUCCUCGAAAAAGGUGGAGAUACUGAAAAGGAACGUGCAGCUAACACCCUUUGGAUUAUCGCAAAGACAUCGAAAGGAAAAGCAAAGAUAAAGGAAACUGCAGCUGCUACAGAAGAGCUAACUCGCUUAAGCAAAAGUUCCAACCAGUCUGUGCAGGCGGCCGCCAAGAGAGUCCUUCUUGAGCUUGAGGAAACCACCUACACCCAAGGUGAAAGUCCAAUUCAUUUUCUUUCAUUCAUAACGUUCAAAACAGUAGAAUGAUCUGUUGUAAUUUAGAGAUAGAAAAAAGAAAUACUAAUUUAUUGACAAUUUCCAGCAAUGCAGAGGAUGAAUUCCUGCGCUUCAGAAUUUACUGUGAAUUGCGGAUCUUACAAAAAAAUCCAAACAUUCUGCAUCCCAAAAAUAUGUUUUUUGCCACGCUGAAAUGUUUUGCUCGCUGUCUUUCAUACUCAGGUGACUACUUAUAUUAAAUACAAGUAAGAUAGAAUAGAUGUGGGUGGCAAUGAUCGUUGGCAUUGAGGGACUGAGCGAUAGCGCUUAGCGAGAAAAACGUGACUCCUUGCUCGGGCGGAACGGUCGAUCACCGAUCCCCGGUUAUGUUGAAAGCCCUUAACGUAGCUGGCUGAGAGUGUUUAGAAUAUUGACGUAGAGAAAUUUUCCUGAUUCGACCUUCUUUCUGGUCUUUCAGGUUCGGCAAAUAGACAUCUAAGAACACGUUGUGACUAUCAAGAGAAAUGUCGCACAUUCAAGUCAACUCUCAAGCUUUCAGGUAAAGCGCCUCUGUAACUGAAUGGACCUCUUUCUAAGAUUACUACAUUGUUUUAAGAGAAAGUUCUAUGAUGUUAAUAAUUUUUUUCAGGUGAGUUUGGCUCUGAGCCCUUUUUACCUACAUAAUUUUCUUUCAGACGUCUUUUUUGACCCAAAGUUCGACAGAUGUUUCUGUACAGAGUGUCACGCUGCCCGAGGCGAUAAACUCUAUUACACUCGAGGACAACCAGCAAAGGACUACGGGAUUCCGAUAGGAUGGUGUCGCUUUGGACUCAAGUAAUUUGACUGGGCUGACCAGUGAUCUGUAGUAUAGUUGUGUAGUGAAAAUAGAUCAGUGACAAACAUACAUGCAGUUUUUGUUUCUGUUCAAACUAUUGUCGCUGUCUUCAACAUCAUUGUAGCUUGAGUCUUUUGACACAUGUAUUUUCCUAAUUUUUCUAUUUUUACUCCUAUCACUCGUAAAAGUAGAGUUUUAAUAAAAGUUCUUCAAAUAACUCAGUCGCUUCCUGAACUUACUUAAACAAUUCUAAGAGAUAUCAACCAAUUGAAAAUCCUUUCAAGUUUUGUGUGGACGUAUUCUUGAGUUUAGUCAACUUCCUAAAAAUUCCAAAGUGUCUUUUGCUUGAGCCACUUUUCGACGAACGAUGUGGGGCGGUGAUGGUAAUGCUAUUGAGUUGUUUCUUUGGCUUUCAAGACGAACACCUUCUGGGGUGGAAGUUUUGGAUAUCACAUUGUUUAGAAGUGAUUUAGAUGUUACGAGUGAUUAUGUAAAUAACAUCGUGUAAUUGCUUUUCAGAGUUCAUCCUCGAGCUACAGCCCUGGACGUGUUUAACAAAUGGCACGUAGCAUUCCAUGGUACAAAAGUCGAAAGUGUAAACGCGAUCCUGGAAUGCGGUGAUCUUCUCAUCCCAGGCAUGUAAAUGUUGCUUAAGUAUAACAGGCUAUUAUAACAAUCAAUUGAUGACCUCCUUUCAAGACGACAAACGAUAUAAUUUGUUUUUAUCAAAACCGAUAUGCUUCACUGUUUUCUUCAAUCAUAAUGUUUUUUUUACAGUUUUAAAUCUAGCUAGUUGUAAAUUUACCAACGUUUUCUCUAGUGUAGUCUUGAACAUGUGUUAAAAUGUGUACAUCAUUACUGUCCUUACAAUACCAGUAACUCCGACAAGAAACCCUCUUUAAUGAAUGAUGUUGAGCGCAAGAGAACGAAUUUCUUUGGGAGAAAAAAAUGUUUAACCCAUUGUGCAAGUGUUAGUUAAGUAUGGAUCCCUUUUUGCAUUUCAAAUCUCGACUUAACCUUUCCUCUAUUUCUUAUGACUUGUCUCGAUUAAAUUGUUUGCAAAAAUGGUUUGCUUUUUGUUACAUCUGUAGGCGAUGUUGCACUCGGAGGAAGAAAAUUAACUGAGGAGGAAGGACAUUUUAAUGACAACAGAAAACCGACAGGGUUUGACACAAAACAGAUCUUUGUAUCACCGAGUGUGCGCUAUUCGGGACACAACUGUUAUGCAAAACCCAAAAGGUGACCAUAAUGUUCUUAUAUACGUACUUUACAGAUUACCACAUGCUUCAAAUUUAACAGUCAUGUAACUUUAUCACAGGAAAACUGAUAGAAUUAGCCUUAUAGCUGAGUAGACUUUAAAGAAGUAUAUAUCCCUAAGGACCUUGGAGAAGAUGCUCACAUCUUAUCCGAGAGAGGGUUCCUAGUAUCUUAUAUUCUCAACGGGUCUAGAGUUUUUAAAACUCACAAUUAAAACUAUUCUCGAGUUUCGUCAUUCAAAGAAAAAGCCAAAACCUUUUUCAAGGAUAGUAAUGAUGAGAAUGUGAUGUAAGUUUGUAAACUCUGGUUGUUGUCGAACAUAUUUAAAAAGGCAAAGGUUUGCUGUAGGGUGAAAAGGCGAAUUAAUGUGAAUAUCUUCCUCUAUGAGUAAUUUAUAUUCGUAUCUGCUUUAUAUCAUCGUUCUUUUAAAUUUUAGUUUUAGCCACCCAUCAUUACACAAAAGUUACAGCACCAAGGCAGUUCUUCAACUCUGCAUCAACCCAGACAGCUACCAGGUUGGACCUCAGACAAUCGGUGCUACGUCUGAGAUUGACCCAAAGUUUAGUAACCAAGAAAUCGAGUGGUCUACUAAGGAACGUGGCUCGAUUAUUCUUUAUGGACUUCUAGUUAAACUAGAUGAAGAGAAUUAAGUUCAUUUUUGCGAUUCUUGCACCUGCCAUUCAUUAAAGGGGCUCAUUUAUCAAUGGGACAUUGUCUAGUUCAAGAUAUCUCUUAAUGAGGUUUCUACUGUGUGAUAAACUUUCUUGUUAAGUCAGUCUGUUUCUUUUCAAGAGAUCUACUAUGUACCGUGUUUAUUAAGAUGUGUGAGGUAAAACGGUAAAAUUAGAUUGCGAAGCAUAGUGGACCGUGUGUCAUGAAUAAAAUAGUCUAAAAGUACACAAAAUUGGUGAAAAGUAAACAAAGGGAUUGCUUACAAACUGUGAGGCUCCCAUUUAGGCUGUUUGGCUUGUUUCUCCAUAAUGUUUACAAUGACUAUUGAAGACCGCUGCCAACGUUAAAUUUUACUAGGGGCUCAUAGAUCGCCACCUUUUGCUAGUCCAUGGAUAAGCUCGUUACAGCAGGUUUAGACGCAGCAGUUGUUUUUGCUAAGAGUAGAGAAAAUGGGGCAGAAAACCUCAGUGGUAAAUCCAUGCUGAUCAUUGUUAACCUAUAUUUCAACUCAGUAUGUACUUGUCAAUGCAAUGUGGUCACAUAAUUCUAGUCAGCGACAGCAAUGAUCGGUUUAGUUACGGUAAAAACCAAAAUGUAAUUGUUGUAGUUAUUGAGUCCUUUAUUAAAAGAAAUUGUUCUCUCUGUC